CCCGGCGAUGACGUACUGCCCCGUGACGUCACCGAGAGCGCCACGAGCGGCGGCUGCGCGCGGGCGGAGGGAUGGGCGCGGACGAGGAGCUGAGCCUGCUGGUCAUCGUCAUCGACACCAACCCCAUCUGGUGGGGGAAGCGGGCGCAGGGGGAGGCUGAGUUCACUCUAUCCAAAUGUAUCGACGCAGCAAUGGUACUGGGAAAUUCGCACCUGUUCAUGAGUCGCACCAACAAGCUUGCUGUGAUAGCGAGUCACACGCAGGAAAGCCGUUUCUUGUACCCUGGGAAGCGCUGGGCUUCUGCAGAUCUCCUUGGAGAUGGUGGUAAUUGUGUGGAAUCUAAUUGUUCUGGCAGCAAGGAUGGAAAAUAUGAAUUGUUAACGGCGAUAAAUGAUGCGAUUGCAGAAGAGAUUAAAGAGCUCAUGACAAAAACUGACAUGAUGGGCCAGCAAACAGAGACUCUACUAGCAGGGUCACUUGCUAAAGCACUUUGUUAUGUUAACAAGAUGAGCAAAGAGGUGAAAGCCAAUCAGGAAAUGAAAUCAAGGAUUUUGGUCAUAAAAGCUGCAGAAGACAGUGCAUUGCAAUAUAUGAAUUUCAUGAAUGUGAUCUUUGCAGCACAGAAACAGGGUAUUUUGAUUGAUGCUUGUGUCUUGGACUCUGAUUCAGGCCUUCUACAACAGGCUUGUGACAUUACAGGUGGCAUAUACUUGAAAGUGCCCCACCUGCCAUCCCUUCUGCAGUAUUUGUUGUGGGUAUUUCUCCCUGAUCAAGAGCAAAGAUCACAGCUUGUGCUUCCACCUCCUGUUCAUGUUGACUACAGAGCUGCAUGUUUCUGUCAUCGAAAUCUCAUUGAAAUUGGUUAUGUUUGCUCUGUGUGUUUGUCAAUAUUCUGCAAUUUUAGUCCUAUUUGCAGUACAUGCGAGACCGCUUUCAAAAUAUCACUGCCACCUGUCAUGAAAGCUAAGAAGAAGAAAUUAAAGUUAGCUGUAUGACAACGCAAUGUAAAUACACCAUUACCUCCUCCACUAAUUCCUUGAGGUGGAACGUACUUGAGAAAUUGAUGGCACUUUUUACAGGAUAUGAAAGAGAUCUUACUACUUUUUUUCUUCAAGUAUUUAAGUCAUGUUUUCUACUUAGUAACGAAUCACUGUAUUAGCAGGUAAUCUGUGCUGUUUUAAAUACUAAUUAUUCAUUGUAAUUAGAACCAGAAGUUGCAGGUUAUUAAGAUACAGAUCUUGCGAAGUUAGAAGUAUUCUCACCGCUAUAGUUUCAAACCUCCAAGUUAUUUUUUAUCGUAUGGUGGUGCAGAGGUUAUGUUAUGACCACUGUUGAUGUCUAGGAUCUCAAUCUCAGCACUGCUAUUCAAGGACUUCAGUGUUCAGUGGGCUUUUGGUGGCUGUCUGGGGAUUGAAAUGGAGUCAACUUUAGAAUGAGAAAGUUGAACAUUUCAAGAUGGUUUAGAACACACCUUCCUGUUAAGGGUGUCCAUAUUCUUUUAUUCCCUUUGAUUGUGCUUUUGGUUCUCUCCCAGUUGGAAGCUGCUCCUCAGCAGAUAAAUAUCACUGGAAUAGUAGUAUGGAGAUACCCUUCCCAAGGGAAACAGAAGACCACGUUCAUGAGUGAGAAGGGCCCUCUUUUUGUAAAAUGAUGCCUGUAAAUGUACGCUAGGUGGUUAGUCUUCAGUGUGUGCUUUGAAACUGGAAAGGUUUUGGAUCACUGCAUUUUGUAUCUGAGUUUGAGAGUACAUGGUGUACUUCCACAUGUUGCUUUGGUUAAAAAAAGCACGAAAUGAUGAUCUCCUGCUCUGUGUGCAGCUGCGUGUGCCAUGACCUUGUGUGCAUCUGCCUUUGGUCAGUGCAGCUAUUGUCAUCAGCGCCCAUCCUCGUCGCCAGGAGCCAUUUUGUUUGACGGCUGUAUCUACAAUUCACUUUCUACAAAACCUUUUGGAAUAAAGGCAGCUCUUUUUACAAACGCG